AUCGUGGCCGGGUUCCAGACGCCGUGGGGCCGCGAAGCUGGCGCAGCGAACAGUGCCUGCGGGUGUUCGACCUGCAGCGGCCCGGGAGGCAGGUGGCCGACUGGGUGCUGAGCACCCGGAAGGGCAGAGGUCAGAAGGGCAUCAUCGGCGCCGUCGCGAGCACGCCGCUGGCCCCCCACCGGUACGCUGCAGGCUCGUACGCUCGCAGCAUCUGCGUGUACGACGAGAAGACCCGCGGCACCCCUGCCGCCCGCAUGGCAGACGGCGCCGCUGGAGGGCAUACCCCAGAGGUCACGCACCUGGAGUGGGCUGGCGAGUGGCACCUCCUGAGCGGGCACCGCCGGGACAGCUGGCUGCGCCUGUGGGACACGCGGAGGGUCGGAUUGUUGUCUUCGGACCCGCGAUAG